UGUCGCUGGUCGAGCUGAGCUACUGUUGGGUUUAUCGUCCCUGAAAAUGGAGUCAAAUGAUGCAGCAGGCUGGAGGAAUCAAUCUGGUCAACAGAACAACAAAUUUACUGGUAUUAUGCGACAGGAAGAGUUGAUAGCCCAGAAGAAGCGUGAAAUAGAAGCAAAGAUAGCAGAGCAAGCCAAAAAGAACCUGUCAGUUCCUAGCAAACCGUCUUCAGAAAGCACUCCAGUUUCUCAGGCAGAUACUUCUAACAAGUUUGUGAAUGAUGGAAGCUUCCUUCAACAGUUUCUGAAGAUGCAGAAGGAGAAACCCAGCUCAGGCUCAGGUUUAGAACGUAAUCAAGAUGAUUUACUAGUAAAAAGCACAAGCUCCGCAUCCUCCCAGAGCCCAGGCUCCUCACAGACUCAGAAGAAGAGCAUUUUAGUUGGGAAACGUCCCGGCUUGGGUGUUGGCAGUAUGCUCAAAAACUACUCACAAGUCAAAAAGACUCCUUCAGAAAUCCCUAGACCGAGUGUCUUCAGUUCCCCAGAGGAAGACGAUGAGGACGUAAAUGAUGAACACUAUCUGAAUCUCAAAGUUUCCCCCCCAGAGGAUGCAGAUCUGGUUAACAUCAUCAAACGGAUAGCUGGAUUCAUUGCAGAAGGGGGAUCAGAGCUUGAAAGGAAAGCAAUGGAAGACUACAAGGACAAUCCCAUCUUUUCAUUCAUGUUUGAGAAGGAGAGCAUGCAGUAUCUGUACUUCCGAAAGGUAGUAGCUCAACUCAGACAAAAGAAGCGAGGCCCCUCUACACAAGCAAAUGUCUCCUCCUCAGUGGACGAGGAAACAAAGAAGGUGGUGGAGAAGCUGGCUCGCUUUGUUGCUGACGGAGGGCCUGAGGUGGAGGCCGUCGCUAUCAAGCACAACCACGACAAUCCCACAUUCAGCUUCCUCUAUAAUCACCAAAGUCCGGCUCACCGCUUCUACAAGGCCAAAGUGGAGGAGUACCGCCAGGCCAAAAACGGUUCUGCAGCCUCCCCCAGUGCCGAAUCCUUCUCAGCCACCAAGCGCCCAGUACAAACCUCACAAGCUGCUGCACCAUCUUUCAGCUCCCCCAGUCCAGCUCAAUCAGAACCACAGAAUCAGGACCCCACAUCGACAAGUGCAAAACGCAGGAAGAAGAGUCGCUGGGGCUCUGAGGAAGACAAAAUAUCACUGCCUGUUCCUCCAAUCGUCAUGCCUACAGUGAUCAAACAGGAACCAGAUACUCCAUCACUGUCUGAACAGGAGCUGAGUAGUCUGGGUUAUAAGAAAGGAAAGCCGGUUGGUCUGGUGGGAGUCACAGAACUGUCUGAGGAGCAAAAGAAACAGCUCAAGGAACAACAGGAAAUGCAGGAGAUGUUCGAUAUGAUCAUGAAACACAAGCGGGCCAUGCAGGACAUGCAGCUGAUGUGGGAGAAAGCUGUGCGUGAGCACCAGCACGAGUACGACAGUGAUGAGGAGAUCGACUCCCAGUCCGGCACCUGGGAACACAACCUCCGAAAAAUGGAAAUGGAGAAAACCAGAGAGUGGGCAGAGCAGCUGACUGAGAUGGGAAAAGGGAAACAUUUUAUUGGUGACUUUUUGCCACCGGAUGAGUUGGAGAAGUUUAUGGAAACGUUCAAAGCUCUCAAGGAAGGCAGAGAUCCUGAUUACUCAGAGUAUAAAGAGUUCAAGCUGACUGUGGAGAACAUCGGUUUCAAAAUGCUAAUGAAGAUGGGCUGGAAGGAGGGAGAGGGUUUGGGCUCAGAGGGACAGGGCAUCAAGAACCCUGUUAACAAAGGCACCACUGCAGUUAAUGGUGCAGGUUUUGGUGUCGACCGACCUGCCGAUCUCUCCAAAAAUGACGAUGAGUAUGAUGCUUUCCGCAAAAGAAUGAUGCUGGCCUACCGCUUCAGACCAAACCCUCUGAAUAAUCCGAGGAGGCCGUAUUACUGAAGGAGGCAAUGGCUGUACUACAUUGUUUUUCUUCUUCUGAUGUUUCUUCAUGUGUGCAGAGUUUAUUAAAUUUCCUGUUAGGAGUGGAACAUUGAACAAUUUGUCAAAACUUGAAAUGUCAGUAUUUCGUUGCUUUGUUGGUCUUACUCGUACGGUUCUGGAAUAAAUUUUCCCAUUUGGGCCUUAAUGAAUGUUUUUUUAAUAGAAUUUAGAAAUAGUAUCUAAAUCCAGUAGAACAAUUCAAAUGUUUUCUGUUUUGUUUGUGCUCUAAUUGUCAAAUGAAAUUUGAUCUGAAGACAUCUCAUUAAAGGUCCUUAAAUAUUAA